AUCUUGAUCCACUGGCUUUCACAAGACAUUUUGGUUGCACGAUUCUCACGUCACAGCCGAGAAAAGAGAAGCAAAAGUGCUAUUCCUUCACAAUGGCGUCUGGUCUCUUCUUCGACCCCCUCGUGGCCCUUCGCGCCGCUCCCCUCGUCUCUACUACGUGCUCCCUCCUCUACGCUUGGGAUCAGCACUUCUUCCUUGGUCUCCUCAAUCGACCAGAGAACCGCGCCACGAGCAAGCCCCUCCUUCAAUCCUACUUUACCACCUUCUUCCACCGUGGACUGCCCUUCGUCGUCAGCCUCGUCGCCGUCUCAACCUGGACCGGCGUCGCAAACCUGUACAUCCAGCGGCCGGCGCUGCAGGCCCGCGGCUCGGUCUGGUGGUACGUGUCGGGCACGGCGCUCGCCGUGGGUCAUCUGCUGUUUGUGCCCUGGAUCGCCCCGAGUUGUCAGGCCAUCAUGGAGGGCACGGAUGUCAACCGGAGUCUCGAUGAGUGGCUGGCGCUCAACUCGCGUCGGAUGCUUUCGGUGGAUUUGGCUGCCUGGGCUGCCUUUGUUGUUGCCGCUGUAAAGACGCUGCGUGUCUGAGACUGAAGGUGUUGGUCGAUGGGGAUCGAAAUUAAAUGUCUCACUUUAUGGAGUCUGCGUGAUUGACUCGAGGUUGUAAAUUGUGGUUCGCCAGUUCAUAGAGCAUAGCAUGCAUUUAUCUAAAGGCGGCUGGAUGAUGCCAUUCAGGCACUCGAAAAACUCA